UGCUUGGUCCGCCUACCCCUUGCUCUCCUCCUCUUCGGGCUUGCUCAGCCCGCAGUUGUCCCAGCCCUUUGGGGCCGGCUCCUGCCAUGCCGUUGGUCCGCUACAGGAAGGUGGUCAUCCUCGGAUACCGCUCAGUAGGGAAGACAUCUUUGGCUCAUCAAUUUGUGGAAGGCGAGUUCUUGGAAGACUAUGAUCCUACAGUGGAGACCACCUACAGCAAGAUAGUGACUCUUGGCAAAGAUGAGUUUCACCUACACCUGGUGGACACAGCAGGACAGGAUGAGUACAGCAUUCUUCCCUAUUCAUUCAUCAUUGGCGUCCAUGGUUAUGUGCUUGUGUACUCUGUCACCUCUCAGCAUAGCUUCCAAGUCAUUGAGAGUCUCUACCAAAAACUACAUCAAGACCAUGGAAAAACGCGUCUGCCGGUGGUGCUUGUUGGGAAUAAAGCAGAUCUCUCUCUAGCCAGGGAGGUCCAAACAAUCGAAGGGAAGAGGCUGGCAGAGUCCUGGGGUGCGACAUUCAUGGAGUCCUCGGCUCGAGAUGAUCAGCUCACCCAACGGAUCUUCACCAAAGUCAUCCAGGAGAUUGCCCGUGUGGAGAAUUCUUAUGGGCAAGAGAGGCGCUGCCGUCUUAUGUGAGCCUUUGGGCAGAGGGAGACUGCCUUGUUUCUGCCUCUGGUAUUUGCCGGGUGCCAGUGGGGCACACCCUCAGGACUUCACAGGUAUGGCUGCCAACUGUGUCCCUAGCCUUCUGGUCACACAGUUUGGUGCCCUCCAGUUUGCACACUCUUCCCAGGCUCCAAAGGCCUGGGUGUCGAUGUUUACAAAGGGGCAAGGAUGUCUCAUGGACACUGGCCUCCAGCCCUCCAUGUUUGCUAAUGAGUUCUGUGAUUGCCUGCAGCAGUAGGGUGUGGGUCCUGGGCAUUGUUUAUCCAGGGUCCAGCCUCCUGCUUGGGUUUUGUGUGUACAUUAGGUAAGGGGAGCUAGGGACUCCUGAAGCGGAGCUGGCUCCUUGGGGUCACAAUGUAUAUAAACAAAUAAACUUCAGAAAUCUUU